AUGGACCCUAACAACGAUUCCACGAGCACGGAGGCUGAGCUCGAGUCUUUCCGCCAGAGAUGGAGGGAAGAAGUCUCGGCCCGAGCCAAGGGCAAGGCGCCUGUAGCAUCUGCAGCCCCAGCAGACAGCAGGCCGCACGCACCGCCAAGAGGUACUGCGUCGGCCGCAGCAUCUCAUUCCCAUGCGCGCCAGCGAAGUGUAGAAGAGACAGACGAAGUUGCUCCUUACGUUCAUCAAGAUCUAGGCGAGAAGCAACAUGGCCGAAGGCUUGAUGAAAGCAGCGCUCAGACCGCUGUUAUUGCAUCUGCAAGCAAAGAACCAAAGACGGCAUUAGACCAUUAUGAGAAGGCUGUAGAACGCGAAACGCAAGGAAAUCUGGGGGACAGUGUGAGGUUGUACCGAAAGGCUUUCAAGCUCGACGACAGUGUCCACGAGAAGUACAAGGCGAAACACUUUCCGCCUUCCUUCUUCAAGAACAGAUCCAAGCCUCAGCCGCAAGUUUCCAGCGCCUCAGCAGCAGGUGCAGCACCGACGACAACCUCCAAGCCACAGGAUCCCAACCCCUCCAACGCGCCGGUAACAGUACCGAAUACCGCUCACCACUCCCUACAUGGUCUCCCGGCUUCAUUGCAAACACUGCUCGCUGAGUUCUCCACCCUAUCCAUCUCAGGAGAGCCGCCGCCAACGGACCUCUCUCCAGCCCCACCAUGUCCCAUAGCGGCAGUCCCAGAAGAGAUUAUCGUACAGAUACUGGAGCAUCUUGCCGUGCAAGACCUUGCGGCAUUCGUCCGUCUGGCACAAGUCUGCAAGCGCCUCGCGUACCUUGUCAGCACUGAAGAUCAAGUUUGGAAGCGACUGGCCCUGGGAUAUGAGUACGGGUUCGCAGCUAUGCACUACUCUUACACCUGCCAGAUCGACGGCCGACCGCUUGGCGACGACGAUGAAGGCGGCUUCAUUCUAGGUGACGAUUCUGACAUCGAGGACAACGCUCCUACAACUCCUCCAUCUCCUGUGGCCGUCACCCAGCUGCUCGUCCCAUCACCCUAUCCAACAUACCGCACCCUUUUCAAUCGGCGCCCACGGAUCCGCUUCAAUGGCUGCUACAUCAGCACAGUCAACUACCAGCGCGCCGGUGCAGCCAGCACAAUGAGCUUGACUUGGGGCUCGCCGAUUCACAUCGUCACAUACUAUCGCUACCUCCGCUUCCUGCGCGACGGAACAUGUGUCUCGCUUCUCACAACAUCUGAACCAGCUGAUGUAGUGCCCUAUCUCUACGUCGAACACAUGCAUAAGAACCAUGGCAACCUCCCAUCCGCACCGAUGAAGGACGCACUACUGGGCCGUUGGCGCCUCACCGGCCCUGACAUGCCCGGGGUUGUGGACGGAGAGAAGGAAGGCACGCUGAUCAUCGAGACCGCAGGCGCGACGCCUAAGUAUUUCAACAAGAUGAUCUUAAAUUUGAGCAGCGCGGGACGCCAGGCCAAGAACAAUAAGUUGACAUGGCAAGGCUACUGGAGCUACAACCGCCUGACAGACGAUUGGGGUGAGUUCGGUUUGAAGAACGAUAGAGCAUUCUAUUGGAGCAGAGUUAGGAGCUAUGGCAUGAGCUGGGAGGAAGGCGGCCGUAAGGACGUAUAA